AUGGCGGCAAACGCACCAUAUUACCAGAUGCGCUCCGGCCAGUUCAUCACCACGCCCAACAAUGCAAACGCUGUACAGCCCCAAUUCGUGACUGCAGAAGACGAAUAUGACCUCUCUGGCCCCGCUGCUGUCGCGUCACCGCUUGACCAUCAUCUCAACCCACAUUUAUACGCUGCACAUACUGCUCGUCAGACAACGGACGAUCAUACAAUGGAGGAAAAUCAUAAUUUGGUUGAGCUGCUGGAAGCUGCAACAGCUGCAGGCCAAGCUGCCGAGGCUAUGGAUCUUGACAGUUCGGUACCAGAAAGUACUCAGACACAGGGUCGGGGCAAGAGAAAAAGGGUCACCCAUUCUCCUGAGGAUGUUUCCCAUCAUGACCAGGACCCUGUGUACACCAAACGACGGAGAGUUGGUGAGCUUACGGACCCACAGCUUCAAAACGGAGAUCGGGACAGUCGGGGCAACUCUGCUGAUAGCAGUGUCCUGCCUUCCAGCGAGACUCUGCUGAAUGAUGCACGCGCUGCAGGUGUGCAUUCCGCCGCUGCUCUCUUCCGUCGCUCUUCCGAAAAGACUGCCCGCAAGUACACCCGUCCUCCCAUGUCGAAGCUCUUCAUUUCCCUUCAGCUCAGCCCGGAGAGUUUCCUACAACUCCAAUCCCUAGCCAAAUCCUACAUGCUCGACAAGUCACAUCCUGAACGGCAGACCUGUGUGGGAAACCGUGGCAAAGGCGAUACCGAUAUGGUUAAGCUGCGACUGUUCAAUUGCGUCCGUGACUUUCUGAAUAAUGGAGUGGGGGAGCAGUUCUUUGGGGAGCAUGUCGAGAAGCCGGGGAAGAGGGAUACUAUAGAGGCUGCACGUGCUUUGGGGGAAGAGAAGACGCCUGGUAUUGGUGAUAGACUGACAUGGCCGAGGGAUGGCAACAAGAUUAUUAGUCUUGUUACUCCCCUCAUGAGACGCAUGGUCACAAACGAGCGACAGCGACAAUAUGCGGUCGAGACAAGGAAGGGUGGUGCUAAGAAGAAAGACGAGGAUAGUGUGGAAGCUGCGGACGUUCAUGGGAACGGGGUUGAGCAGCCCUUGCAACCAGCUUACGAUCCCAAUCUCAGUCACCAGCUCCAGCAUUUAUCACCGACUUCGCCGAAAAAUGGAGUCACUACUUCCUCUCUACCAUAUACUGUGCGGAAACAAAAAGGGUUCGCAGAUUUGAAACAAAAGACAGAUAUUAGCACACCUGUACAGUCGAGUUUGAAGCUGCUCACAGAUAACCCUAUCGAGCCAAACCUUUCGCGAAUCAACAUCUUCCUUGUGCUUGCCUCUUGUGGGAGCAGACCAGGCACCAAGCUCGACGAGAAGCGCAUCGCCGCUGAACCUCGAGCACAUUUGGCCUUUUACGACUACAUCGACUUCACAAGGGACGUCAAUGAACUACUACAAAGAGCCCAAGACAAAUGCCCUGAGCUCAAAACUACACCCGCGUGUAAAGAAGGCGAACCCGGAACCGAGAACCUGCGCGGACUGGCUGCAGCAGCGAACGCGCUACAAGCUGAGCAUGUGCAUCGCGAGGAGUCCAACACGACAGGCGAAGCUUGGUCAACCACAUCGGGUACGCAUCCUCCAUCAACCGAGGAUCCGUCAAGUUUUCUUCCGACGCCAACUUCUGCAGUUACUCACAACACUAUGUUCAACACUAAGAUUGCUGCCGUCAAUAACAAGCCUCUCCAUUUACCCCGCUACAUUAUUAAAUCCUUGGGCUCGAAGGGGUGGCGCGAAAUUCACACCAUGGAUGAUUGGUAUAGUGUGCUGAGGGAAAAGGCGUUUUCGGUCUGGGCGGAUGGCGUGUGUAAUGUACUUGUUGAAUUGGUUGAUUUUUAG